AUGACGGAAACCGAACAAGAGCGAUUCGCUGAUCUGGUGAUUGAACUGGAAAGUGCGUCGGCUGAAGCUGUCAGAGCUUUCAGUAAAGUAGUAGAUCGAAUGGAAGACACGAAAGAAGAUAAAGAGGGUCUCAGCUUUCUGAAGUUGAAAAACUACGAGAUGACCGCAUAUCUCGGAGAGUUAACUGUUCUGAUGUCCAAAAUGAUGAAAGGAGAAUCGAUUGCUACAGAUAACUCAGUCAAACACGCACUGAAGCAUAGAGUGUACCUCGAGAAAAUGAAGCCGAUAGAAGAAAAAAUGAAACCACAAAUGGAGAAGCUCUUGAACAGGUCUUCCAACAGAAAUGAAACGGUGAAUGGAGCUUCUAAAGGAAACUUGAGAGUGCGUUUGGACAAUAUGGAUGUGGGCGAUGGAGAAGAGGAGGAAGAGGAAGAAGAUGAUGGCGAAAAAUCCAAAGAAGUGAAAAAAUAUGUUGCACCCAGAAUCCGAGCAGUUAGAUAUGAAGAAGAAGACGAAACUCCGAGCAAACAACAAGAAAAGGCAAAACGACGUGCAAUGCAAAGCAGUCUUAUUAUGGAGCUCAAAAAUCAAUAUAGUGAUGCUCCCGAAGAAAUUCGCGAGAUCAGUGAGAAGAAAUAUCAAUAUGACAGAGAACGAGAAAAGUAUGAAGAAGAGAAUUUCACAAGAAUCCGUCAAAACAAGGAGCAGAAACGUCGGAGUGAACAAUUGGGCCGAGCUGAAACUCUGGAUGAUUUGCUCAGUUUUGGAGAUUAUAUGAUGCGUGGAGAGGAUGGAAGAGCCCUCACCGAAGGGAAAAACAGAAAGCGAGCAGCUUCUUCCGGUGCUGGUGGCAACACGAAACGUCACAGGAAGUCUCAGAAAGAGCGAAAAAAGGCGGCGAAAGGAAAGAAGGAAGGUCGAAAGAGAGCAAUUCGCAGAAGACAGUAG